AUUUCAACAUGAAUCUGCUGCUGGAAGUUUUUUACUUUGAAAUAUCAGUUUCAAAAUGAUUCUGAUGAUACACUGACCUCUAAUAACUAAUAAGACGAAUGGCUUCUUUUCUGUCCCACACUCACCACAUACGUCUCUUUAUUUAUGACCCCAAAGUCGCAAAAGCACAAAACUGCAUAGAGUUGGUUAAUAUUAUGUGGUAAGUGUUGUUCAUUUUAAGUUUAGCAUGGUAACAUUUGCUUUAAAAUAGCUUUAAAUCACAAUCAGUCAACAUUGCUUCAAUAUAUAAAGGAUGGCACAGGCCUGUUGCACAUGACUGCAGUCAUCAGGAUGUGGGCUUCUCAUCAGCAACGUGUGAAAGCAGACGGGGAACAGUUGGGGCAGUAUUGACACAGGAAGUUAUGUUUGUAUGUUUAUAACAUAUAGUUUGCCUUUAUCACACAAGACAGCAGCUAGUCACUUCUUCAGGAGCAAUGCAGCUCAACAGAGCUUUUGCAUUCCUUUGCCUGGUGAUUUCAGUGGGUGCGCAGAGGAGUCACAGACUGACGUGCUAUCUGGAUGUUUUAACACAGCACACACAUGAAGGGCCGUGCUCUCACAUCAUCCUCCCCUUGACCUCCACUGAUGGCGACCUUUACCUCCAAAGCUUGUCGGAUGAUGACAGCGUUACUCUUAGAAAAAUGAAGGAGAGAAAUCCAGCUUUGAAGAUUUUGCUUGGAUUGGAAGUCAGAUCAUCAAGGUUGGAGCUGAUGUCUGCUAAUGAAGCCAGCAUUGAGAAUUUUGUUCAAACAGUAUUGACAUACUUAAAAGACAAGACUUUAGACGGCCUAGACGUGACUUGGCUGGAUGGCCCUACUUCUGAUGAAUCUAGCAGAAGCACAGAGCUACUCACAAAUUUUCUGAAGAGACUAAAAGGCGCAUUUAAAAAAGAAACACAGCCUCUACUUCUGUCAGUGUCUGCACUAGGGCCUGUUGACCACAGUGCGGUCACUGAUGAACGAACACUUUCACAGUAUGUGGACUUCAUUUCCAUUCUGCCUCCUCAGCUCAAAAAAGAUGGACCAUAUAUGGACCAGCAAGUUGACCUACAAAAGCUCAAUCUAGCUAUGCCUGCUUUUCUACGCCGGUCACGAGGAAGGCAUCACCAUGGGGAUCACUUCAAGCAUGAUGACAUGAAUACAGAGACAGGAAAGAAGGAUCACAUCCAUGUUUUGGGCUUAUACCUGGGCGAUCAGGUGUGUCAGGCCAUUAAAAGUGGACAAGAGCGAUUCAUUACUUUAACAAGUCUCUCAGAUGAGCAAACUCUUGUUGCGGAGGUGCUCCAGAAAGGCUUUGGUGGCAUAGCGGUUGUCUUCAUAGAUCUGGACGUCUUCUAUAACUCCAUAUGUGCACACCUUACUCAGGAUGAACAAGUGAUUGUUGAAUCAAAGGUGAUUUUGCAUUCACAUCAUGGACACAGACAUCAUGAGCAUGGUGGUCAUCAUCACAGCAAGAACCAUCACCACAGCCGCCACCACCAUCAUCACUCUCUUCUUCCUUAUGGCAGCCAUGGUCACCAACUCCAUGGUCACUAUCACCAUGGACAUCAUCAACAUGGACAUGGGCAUCAUCACCAUGGACAUCAUCACCAUGGACAUCAUCACCAUGGUCGCCGUCAUCACCAUCACCACCACCAUCUUCCAAUAAUUCCUCAAAGCAACAUAACCAUGGAAGAACGGCAUGGUGUGGAGUGAUCUUAAUAUGUUAUACAUAAAUUUCAUCUGAUGA